UUUAUGACGUCAUCAUAUGAACUUCACUGUGUUUGAUGGGAAUCAUCUUGUCGAUUUUAUUCCGUCAGUCGUCUUUCCUCAUCAUGGACUUGUAAGGUGGUCUGUGCCGUACCUUGAACGGUGACUGUGACUGCUUUAUUUGCACCGGCCGAGGACCUGCUGGGGAGAGCCAAGCUGCUUUUCAAGCCUCAGGGACAGAAGAAUACUGAGUUGUGAUCACCUGGUUUGAUGCAAAUUUCAACAGACUUUUCUCUUUGAUGGAGGUGUAGACAUAGAAGCCUUAGGCCGCCAGUCUUUCGACUCUUUGUUCUAGCUGUUUAAGUUGUUAUCAGUAAGGAGCAAGUUCCACUUGAAGAUAGCACGAUGCCUUUCUUCGGAAACCGUAACAAAAGCCCGCAAGAGCUGGUACGCUCUCUGAAGGAAAAUUUGCUUCUUCUGCCUAACCUGAAAGAAAAGGAGUACAAAAAGGUCAAUGAGGAUGUGUCCAAGACGCUGCAGACAAUAAAGACGCUGCUGUAUGGGACUGUGGACCAGGAGCCUGCUACUGAGCAGGUUGCCAUGUUGUCCACGGAGAUGUACCAGAAUGGUACGCUGCUCGUCCUCGUCCAGAACCUGGCCCGCAUUGACUUUGAGGGUCGCAAAGACGUUGUUGCCAUCUUCAACAACCUGUUGCGGCGCCAGAUUGGCACUCGAACCCCUACAGAGGAGUAUGUGUGUCAAAACCCGAAAGUUCUCAUUGAGCUUGUGAAAGGUUAUGAAAAUCAAGAAAUCGCUUUGAACUGCGGUAUGAUGCUGCGUGAAUGUUGUCGGUUCGAGUCCUUGGCCAAAAUCUUGCUGAACGCCCCGGAAUUUUACAAGUUCUUUGAAUAUGUGGAAGUGUCCACCUUUGACAUUGCUUCAGAUGCAUUCUCUACCUUCAAGGAACUGUUGACGAGGCAUAAAAUGCUUUGUGCUGAAUUCCUAGAUCAAAAUUAUGACGAAGUAUUCACACAUUACCAGCUGCUUCUUAACUCUGAAAACUAUGUGACCCGUAGACAAGCACUCAAGCUGUUGGGUGAACUCCUCCUGGACCGCCACAACUUCAGCACGAUGAACCAGUACAUCAGCAACCCUGACAAUCUGAAGCUCAUGAUGAACAUGCUGAGGGAGAAGUCCAGGAACAUCCAGUUCGAGGCCUUCCAUGUUUUCAAGAUCUUUGUGGCCAACCCCAACAAGCCGCGGCCCAUCCUAGACAUCCUGCUGCGCAACAAGGACCGGCUGGUGGACUUCUUGACCCGGUUCCACACAGAGCGCUCGGAGGACGAGCAGUUCAACGAUGAGAAGAGCUACCUCAUAAAACAGAUUAAGGAACUACGGCUGCCCGCGGAGGCCGACUCUUAGCCGCCGCUUCAUUCCUCCUUCUCUACAUCCUUCUUCUUCUUCUCCGAGUUCCGUUAACAUUUAAUAUGCUUAAUAAUUUUUCCUCCUUUACGGCAACAACCACAACAACAACUUUGUUUUAUCUAGAAGAAUUUAUAAUAAUGAUGAUAGUGGAACAUAUAUGAUAUGUACCUGGAACUGGUUUUUAUUUGCGUUUGGGUUGUUUGUUUUUCAUGUGCCCCUUUAUAAAAAAUUUAAAAAAUGAAAAGUUUGAAUUGUGCAGAUGUACAGAUUCCUAUUAAAAAGUGAACAAUUUGAUAACAGACCUGUGAAUAGAGAAGUGUUCAUCUGCUCCAAAUCUCUGUCAGAUAAGUUGCUAGAUUGUAGUGAUCUGGUUGAUAAUUAUAAUCAAAGUGUUCCUCCUUCUUCUCUUUAGAAUAGUUGUUUUGAUUGUACCCAUCAUCACUCAGUGUUGUGUUAGUGGAGUGUGUCUACACUUCUAACUUUCCCUAGCUGAGUAGAAUUGUAAUGAGGAACUUGAGUUCUACACAUUUUGUGGCCUCUGAAAUUUGCCUUUUUGAUGAAAAACACAGGGUUAGUAGAAAGGAUUAUGUUUAAUGUCUCUUGAAAGACAGUUACAUAAUCUGUUGGCUACUAAAUAUGUCUCAAUGAGAAAUAAACACCCGUAGAGUGGGUAAAAAUGAUUUGAAUAUGCUCUCCAUGGUGUCUUUUUUCUUGGUAAAUGAAACAGAAAGAGAAAAGGAGAAAACAAAAGGCUCAGAAAGAAUCAUGGAAGUAUGAUUAUGUUAUAAUUAUUUUAGGACAAUUUGUUCUUUUGACAUAUCCAGGGACUGUUUGGGUAUAUAUUCACAUCUUUUUGCUGUUUCAGUCAGAUCCUAGGUAAACGAUAGGUUAAUAUGUUCGCACCCUAAAAUGGGUGGUUUAUGGUUUGAUGCACUGCUGUCGGAAUUGAAGCGAUUCUGAUUAAUUUUAAUGUGAGCCAGAAAGGCACGCUGUAGGUGUUUUUGAGCACUGCUGUGGGAUGGGAUGUGUACGUGCCAGUGUCGUUCGUGCAUUACGUCUCACCGAUGGUUCUAGCACUGGCUUUUGUUUUGAGGGAAAUCUCUUCAGCCCUCCCCAAUUUUUCCUCCCGACCAUCACCAUUGACACCACCUGCUAUCCCUUUUCGCUCCUUCUCUCUCUCUUGUCUUCAGUGCACUCGUACACACCACCCACACGUACAACUUAUCCUUUGAAUCUGAGAGCACCUCAGGACAAUGUUACUGCUGUUGCCCUGUUGUUGGUUCUGAAAGGCAUAUUUAUAAAGGAUAGAAUUUGUAUUUGAUCUAUUUAUUUAUUUAUAUUUAUAGUUUACUUUGUGUAAUGAUUUCAGCGCAUAUUUCAGGAAUAAAGGGUAGAAUUCACUACAUAUGUUCUUAUUUUCAGUGCUGCUUUAUGUAACAUCUGUGAAAUUUUCAAGUUAUUUUUUUAUAGGGUGGAGGGGGGAGGUGGUUCUAUCCUUUUGGCUGGCUUCAGGCUUUGUCAAUAAUUUGUAAGCAUUUUUACUACUUCUAUGGCUUACAACAUGUUUAUUUCUAGUGGAAAGGUAGGCAAGAUUUAGAUUGAUGUGCUUCACAGAGCUUUGUUAAUUUUUGUUUUGAUUUAGAGUAACGUUGUGAGCAUAGUCGAAAUAUGUUGGUGCUGAAAUGAUGGAUAGUGACAAAAAGGCAAAAUCUGUAUGUUCUUACAAUUGGUUUAUAUUAAGAUCAAAAAAUAUUUUGAGCGAGUAUGACACUUUGUGACAUCAAUUGAAUCACAAGGGGGAUUAAAAGGAAUGAAAUGACUAUUUAUAAAAUCAUCUAUAAAUUCAUAGCUUUCUCUGGUUUGUGUUCAGAUUUAGUUUAUUGUUUGGUUUUUUAUGUUUUGCUUGUGGUCUCUUUAACUUGCCUGUACCUUUCGUCAUUCUUUUGCCCAAAGCCCAAUUAGAAAAAAAAAGCAUUGUAUGUUCUUACGGUCUGUUGUUUUUGGGUUUUUUUUAAAGAUUGCUGUUUUAAUUUCACUGCAUUUCCUAGUUGAGAUCCUUGUAUCAAGGUAUACAUUUCACCAUAUCUGGAUGCAUUGCUUAAAUUCUUUGAAAUAUUGUUUUUAUUUUAGUUGGUUGUUAACCAUGUUUAGAAUUGCACCUUUGGUUUUGUUAAGAUUUCUGCAGGGUAAAACAUAAAAAUAGACUGAUGAAAACUGUGCCACGGAACAAAAUAAAAGCAAA